GGGUGUGAUGGGUGUCCGUCUGUCCCGUCCUCACCCUUCCCUGGACUUCCCGUCCUCCCAGCACCUCGUCAACUGUCACCUCUUCCCCAGAGAGUUCUCCAUCGUCACCACCCUGAAGGUCAGCCUCGUCGCCCCUAAGAAAAACGAGUACAUAUUUUCUGUGGUGGAGGAAAAGGAAGAAGAGGACGCAAGGAUUGGAAAGAGGAAGGGGGAGACACAGGGAGGAACUGAUGGAGAUUGGUACAGAGAGAAGGAUGGAGAACGAGGAGGGAGGGAUGAUGAGAGUGAUGAAGAGCGGGAUGGAGAGACAGAUGGAGGGGGAGAAAGAUUAAUGGACGGAGAGAAGAGGAAGGGAAGUAGAGAUGGAGAGAACAGCAACAGUCAGGGACGGCUUCUGAUUGGCCUGCGGUUCUCCAGAGACAGACUCCACUUCCUGUUCAGAGGUCGCAGCGGGGGGGUCAUGGCGCGCUGGGUUUUCCGAGGCAUCGAAUUGGCUGAUGAUCGCUGGCACACGUUGGUUUUAGCAUUUAGUGGACACUACGCUACUCUCACUGUGGACUGCAACACACACCUGGAACUCAGGGUUCACUCCAAGUCGUUGCCCUCUGACCUUAGUGUUCAGGGUUCCAGAUUCCACAUCGGCAGCCGAGGGAGAUGGAAUGGCCAGUUCUCAGGUCUGAUCAGACAGCUGGUCCUGGUGCCAGGCUCUGAUGCCACCCUUCGUGUCUGCCCAUCCUCCAACCCCGGGCUGGCAGAGCUGUCUGUGCCUGCGGUGCUGCUUGACCUACCACAAAAAGAGACUAGGAGUGACCUCACGCUGCCUUCAUAUGAGUCAGAGGUGCGGGUGUCUGUGGGGCUGGAGAAGUCCUGUUCCAGUUUAGUAAGAGGACAGCUGUGGUUCAACCCCAUCAGGAGAGCUCUCUACCUCUGUGACGGUACACUCUGGGUCCCCAUGCUGCAAGAGUCCCAGAGACUAGACUAUGUCUUGGAGCAGCAGGUCCUCUCCACCAGUUCAGAGACGUAUGAUAUUGAGGUGUUCAGUGUACAAGGGCUGGGUUUGAUGGCAGCAAUGGCCCACCGCUCCCCCUCCCUGGGCUCUGCAGUCUACCUCUGGAGAGAUGGAGGCUUUCACCUUUACCAGAAGAUCAGCACCCAUGGAGCUCUCUCCUGGAGACACUUUACGAUGGGGAAGAAGAUAUUCCUGGUGGUGUCCAACUCCAGGGAGAGCACAGGGAAGGAGAAGACAGUGGAGAAAGAUGAACUGUCAGUGAUCUACAGGUGGAAUAAAAAGACACAGAGGUUUGUUCAUUACCAGGCGCUCCAGACACACUGUGCACGGGACUGGGAGGCCUUCCGCAUCCAAGGACACACCUACCUCGCCGUGGCCAACCACAGACAAGGUAAUACCAACCACACCAUAGACAGUGUGGUCUACAAGUGGGACCGUGGUACGCAGCUGUUUGUACCACACCAGGCCCUGCGGACCUCUGGGGCUUACGACUGGGAGGCCUUCACGGUCGGACCCUACCACUUCCUGGCUGUGGCGAAUGCGUUUGACGGACAGACCACUCACGUUGACUCGGUCAUCUAUGUCUGGGUGGAUGGAAGUUUCCGCUUGUUUCAGACCAUUAAGACGUUCUGUGCCACAGACUGGGAGAUGUUCCAGAUUGGCGGCAGGGUCUUCCUGGUGGUUGCUAACGGACACCAACUCCAUGGCAAUGGCCCCGGUCGCUAUGCCAUCAACUCGACCAUCUACGAGCUGGACAUGAGCUCUCAGCUGUUCCUGCGUUUUCAGGACAUAGUCACAUACAGUGCUGUUGACUGGGAGUUCUUCACAGUAGGAGAGGAGAGUUACCUGGUUGUUGCAAACUCCUUUGAUGGAGAGUCUCACUCUCUGAACAGCAUUAUCUACAGGUGGCAGGGAUAUGAGGGGUUUGUUCCCAUUCACCGGCUUCCCACCAUCGGAUGCAGCGACUGGGAAUUCUUUACUUCCGGAGAGGAUUCUUAUCUGAUCUACUCCAGCGCCACAGCACCUCUCUCCAAAGUCUUCCGUCUGAAAACACACUGACACGUGACACAAUGUCAUAUCAGGGACAACAUGGAGAAACAUACAAAAUGAAAUCUCAACUGAUGUAAUAAUGAAUGUUACAUUAUGUUGUUGUACUUGGGCCACAUUUGCAGAGAAAGAGAGUGUAUUAGUAGGUACACAUUUUUGUGUAUAAGUACUGUAUAUAACUUUAACAUUAGUCAUAUUUGUUGCCUAUAAUUUUGUGAAAAUUAUUUAUUGAGGUAAUACAAAUGUGUAAAAAAAUACAUUAUGUUUCAUUUGUGUCUUACUGCAAAUUAUACCGCUUAUUUAUUUAUUAUU